UCACUUUAGUUGAUCUGAGUGUUACAAGGUGAAUGAAUUAAAUGUAGUUUAAAUGCUUUUUCUGACUAAACUUUGUGCAACUAGUUCCUUCUGUUUGUGGUUUUCUGUCAGUUUCUAAGAAACACAAAAUGACAGAACACGUGGUGGGUGUUGGUGUGAAGUUAUUUUCAUCCAUUAAUUCAGAGACAAAGAGGAAAUAACAUCAGUUCUUUCAGAUGUGCAGCAGAGAAAAGUCUCUCAGUGUUCAGCAGCUGAUAGAAGGACAGGAGAUGUUGGUUCUGGAACUGGUUCUGAUCGUUGUGCUUCAGUUUGAAGGCACCAGAGGAGGAGAACUUUAUCUCUAUCACAGAUCUGGAGAUGAUGUUGUUCUACCUUGUAACAGUCCUUCAUCUAAUUAUUCAUGCUCCAAUGUUAACUGGUUUUACAUCAGAUAUUCAAGCUCAAUCACUCUGUUGGAGGUUCAGGAUGGAAAAGUUGUUCAGAGUUCACCUGGAGCUGCCAGGUUAAAUGUGGACAGUAAAUGCUCUCUGAUCAUCAACAACAUCAUUGCUGAGGAUGCUGGAUGGUACACCUGUCGACUUGGUUCAAGAAUCGACUUAGAUGGCGAUGUACACCUGAGUGUUUUGACCAUCUCUCCAUCUCCACCAGGUGCUGAUCCAACAAAGGAUGGAGAUUUCACAUUACAGUGUUCUCUGGUCAGAUUCAGUUGGUUUGGUCCUUGUCCAGAGAAGAGCCUCCUCUGGGUGAAUGAGACAGGAAGUGAGCUGCUUGGUGAAGGUGUUGGGUUCAAGUCUGGAGGACAGACUGGCUGUGAUUCUAAUCUCACUGUGAAGCUUCAGAGCAGCAGCAACAGAAGAUACACCUGCCAGUUUGUUGAGGGAGACACAGUGAAGGUAGAAGCUCACUACACACCUGAGACUGAAGCUUCCACUGACUGGUCUCCUCUGAGCUUCAUCAUGAUGACUCUGAGGAUCACAGCACUGAUCCUGAUGGUUGGAAUCACUGUUGGUAUCAUCAGAACCAGAGGAAGCAAAAAGCCACAGAAAGACAUUAAUGUUUAUGAUGCUGUUGAUGACGACCCAGUGGACUAUGAAAAUGAUGAAGAACGUUCUGCUGCCGCCACACUCAGCUGACCUUCAUCACAUCAGUUACAGAACAGGAAGAAUAAAGUCUCCACAGGCGACAGUCUCACCAGCAGAGCAUUCUGGGAUUUGUAGUAUAACUUGUUAAUGCUCUUUCUACCAGUGGACCGGCUCUAAUAUACCCUGCAAAUUAUCUCAUGGUCAUAUUUGUCCUGCAGGUCUGAGUCUGACCCCUCUGCUGUCAGGGGUCCAUUUUGACCUGUUUGGAUUCUGUUCUGACUCGGUUUAACUGCUCUGUCUGCAGAGUCUCAGAGCUGCUGGCUGUUAGUGGACUGACUGCAGCUCAUUAGCAGACGUCACAGUUCCUCUUUGACGCCUCAUGCUAAGGAAAUUA